GCUCUCAGUCACUUGAUCUCACUCUCGUGUGUCUGGAAAGCUUAAAGACUGGUACGAUCUGGUCGCGAUCAAUCAUUUACACGCGAACCUGCCUACCGAACGGACUGUUGUGCGAGUGUAUUGUGUGUUUUUGAGGUUCACGUGUGGUGCAGUGAUCAAGUUCAACGCAAAGAGUGAGUCCCAGAAUCGCGGAAGAGUGAGCAACAGCUGGCAGUGUGUUUUGGUGCCUAAAAUCAUAAUCCCCUACCACGCCAAUACGAUGAAGUGGAUGAUUCUGAGCUGUUUGGUGAUCGCCGCGCUGAUGAUGCACGCCGGUGACGCUCGGCCAGAUAAGUACAAGGAUUACCCGAAAAAGGGUGGCUACGUGCCGGUCUAUGUGCGCUAUCCCAACCAAAAGCUCGGUGCGAUCAGUCCGGAGUUGGCGGCUGCCUUUCAGGAAAGCUCGGGACGUAGCUCCAGGGGAAAGCUUAUUCAGGAACUGAACCGUCCGGUACGCUUCUCCUCCGAGUCGAGCAGUGACGAGGAACUGCACAAUGACAUCACCGCCAAGCCCAAGGCAGUCAAGGUGGACUCGAUCAGCAGCGAAAGUAACUCAAACUCGAACGAAUCCAUCUCGAACGAAAAGGAAGCAAAGGAGGCGAUCAAGGAGCUGCUGAAGCAGAUGAACAAGAUCAGCAAAGCGGCUGCUGCAGCGAAGACUAAGAAAGCUUAGAUGGAGGAGAAAAACAAACGCAACAAGCUGCCAUUAGAAUAGAAAUGAAAUUUUAUAUCCCAACGACAUACUUUAGACUCAACGAAGAUACUCAAACUGUAAAAACAACACUGCCGCAAUGGGUUAAGAGGGCAACGAAAAAGCAAUUAUUUGCUAUUCCAUUUAUUUACAGAAGAAUAAAACGAUCCUACUUUA